AUGAGUGGUGAUGAAGAAGUAGCUAAUAAGCAGGUGAUAUUGGCAAACUAUGUCUUCUCUGGGCUGCCCAAGGAAUCAGACAUGCAAGUGAUCACCAGUUCUAUCAAACUUAAGGUACCAGAAGAAACUCCUGGGAUUCUUGUCAAGAAUCUAUGGUUGUCAUGUGAUCCAGCCAUGAGACCUAGAAUGUUAAAACUUGAAGGGUCCUAUGCUGAGUCCUUCAAGCCUGGUUUGCCUUUAAAUGGAUAUGGAGUGGCUCGAGUUUUGGAUUCAGGGCAUCCUGACUUCAAGAAAGGUGAUCUGGUCUGGGGAAUAACUGGUUGGGAAGAGUACAGUCUCAUUACAUCAACAAAGGGACUGUUCAAAAUUCAACGCACAGAUGUGCCUCUUUCUUAUUACACUGGAAUUCUUGGUAUGCCUGGUAUGACUGCUUAUGGUGGUUUUUAUGAGCUCUGCUCUCCAAAGAAAGGGGAAUAUGUCUUUGUUUCAGCAGCUUCUGGUGCAGUAGGUCAGCUUGUAGGGCAAUUUGCAAAGUUAUUGGGUUGCUAUGUUGUUGGAAGUGCAGGAAGCCAAGAAAAGGUUGAGUUGUUGAAGAGCAAGUUUGGAUUUGAUGAGGCUUUCAACUACAAAGAGGAGCCGGACCUGGUUGCAGCUUUGAAAAGGUUGCUUACUGCUAAGAAAUUUUCUGAGUCCACUGAAAUUUCUCCUGAGAAGUUCUAUUUUAAUUCAGAUGCUUACAAUUUGCAUGAAAUAAUUAUGAGAAUCAUAAAAUUGCAGUUGAGAGAAAUAAAUUGGCAGAUAAUGGCAAUGGGUGGUGAUGGUAUUGAAGAAGUAGCUAACAAGCAGGUGAUAUUGAAGAACUAUGUCAUCUCGGGUCUGCCUAAGAAAUCAGACAUGGAUGUGAUAACUAGUACCAUCAAACUUAAGGUACCAGAAGAAACUCCUGGGAUUGUAGUCAAGAAUCUGUAUUUGUCCUGCGAUCCAGCCUUGAGAGGUAGAAUGUUGAAGCGUGAAGGAUCCUAUAUCGAGUCCUACACACCCGGUUUGCCUUUAACUGGAUAUGGGGUGGCUAGAGUUUUGGAUUCAGGACAUCCAGACUACAAGAAAGGUGACCUGAUUUGGGCAAUAACUGGUUGGGAAGAGUACAGUCUCAUUACAGAAACAAAGGGAGUGUUCAAAAUUCAACACAGAGAUGUGCCUCUUUCCUAUUAUACUGGAAUCCUUGGCAUGCCUGGUAUGACUGCUUACGGUGGUUUUUAUGAGCUUUGCUCUCCAAAGACAGGGGAGUACGUCUUUGUUUCAGCAGCUUCUGGUGCUGUAGGUCAGCUUGUUGGGCAAUUUGCAAAGUUAUUGGGUUGCUAUGUUGUUGGAAGUGCUGGAAGCCAAGAGAAGGUUGACUUGUUGAAGAAAAAGUUUGGAUUUGAUGAUGCUUUCAACUAUAAAGAGGAGCCAGAUUUGGUUGCAACUUUGAAAAGACUCUUACCUGCAUCUGCUAAUUUAUCAGUGAGCAAAGGUGUACCAGCCAAACUUCAAAUCAUACCGAGCAUCCGAGGGUGUGGGGUGAAGAAAUACAAGCUUGAUAUGGGAGAAGGACAAAUUUCAUCACAAUCAAAUGGUGGUACUUGA